CUCCAACGGUAACCUGACACGUGGCAGCACUGCAGACGUUCGUUAGUCGAUCGACAUGGCUGUGGACGUCGUGAGCCCAACGAGGUCCGAGUACAUCUGCUUGGUGAUGCCCAACGCCUCGAUGAUCUGCUCUAAGCGCACGCCAACGGAAGGAACGUCGUCGCGAUCUUGUCUUUGGCAUAACGCCACCAUUCCUUCCUCGUACCGCUUGACCAGACACAGAAGAUGCAAGAGCGCAUGUGGCAUCAGCUCGUGACAACCGCCACUCAGACAAGUCAUUUGUGGAGUGUAGCUCGCUUUCAAGCCUUGUUGAAGCACGAUUUGCGCCAACGGUAGCAUCCACGUUGCGUUGUCGACGUGGCUUGCAACAACUGCUUGCACGGUCUUCGUCAGGUGUGGAAUUGCCGCUUGGAGACUCGGACGUAAGAAGUGGUCCACGAAGCCAAACGGCGGGGCUAAACCAACGGUUGAAAGGAGUGCGAUUUCCAAAGGCACGAGAGCAAGAUUCGCCUUCAGCGUCUCCACCACCACAGACCACGCAUGUUCUUCCGUGGUCUGUCCAGAGGAAUGCACGGCAUUCACCGCGGCUUCCAAUACCUCAUUGAUCCAACCACGGCCGACGAGGCGACAAUACCAUCGCAGCAUGCGAUCCAGUUUGUCAGGGUCAAUAUCGUCGCGAGGUUGGGACAAUAGCACGCUCCAAAACUGCGGCAUCGUCUGCACUUCUGUCAAGACCAACGUCACGCCCGCAAGCGCGAUCAGCGUUUCAUGGCGAGUUUUACACAGCGUGAGUAGUGCAACGACGGCAUGCAUGUUCGGCUCUUGCAGCACGCCUUUGAACUGCCGUACGAUUGCGUUGUACUCGGAUGAGGUUUGGACAGUUCGCUGGGCCAAGAGUGCGGCGCGUCCUGCAGCAGUCCGAUUCUGCCACUUGCCCACGACUAAUGCGACGACAAAUGCGGAGAAGAGGCUGCCCCAAAUACCAGACCGGCCGCCAAACGACUCUUCGCACACACAAGGCAGCACGAAAAAGAGCGGGGUGCAGUCGGCUUCGUCUGGACUUUCGACUGCCAAGAGUGAGAUUGACGACGUCGCCACAGGUCUAAACUGAACCAAUAUAGUCCGCUUCACGACAGGAAACGUCAGCAGGUGCGGCGUCAACGACUCGAUCUUGACUUUGAGUUUGGUCACGUGAGCAUAUCGCACGACAUCGGUGACCACAAUGUCUUGUAGAGCAGCCUGGAUUUGGCCCCAGUUUCCUCGAAAAGUCAUGUGGGUAGAACUGAGCCACAUUCCCGUGAUCUCGUAUUCGACUCCCGUACUGUUGGCAUCACGGGCCAAGCACACGUCGCCAAAUCUUUG